GGAUUAUGACCGUGGCCGCGACCGAAAGUACGGCGGAAGGUCCCGUGGCCGUGACAGCCGAGACCGCGGACGUGGCCGACGGGAUGAUCGCGACCGUGGUUCCCGCUAUGAUCGCGACCGCAGCCCGCGACGAGCUUUUGGUCCUGGCGGAAAGCCGAGUGGCAACUGGGGUGGAGAUUGGGUCUGCGAGAAGUGUGACUGCAACAACUUUGCCCGCAGGGAUGAGUGCUUUAAGUGCGGCGCAAAGAAGCCAUCCUCCUAA